CAACAAUAAAUUCCUUUCCCUAAAACCCUAACCCUAAUCCCCAAAUGCAAACCUUCAUUUCCCAGACAAAACUCUUCCCCUCCAAACUCCAGCACCUAUGGAUUCUCCAAACAAGUCUGACCCGAUCCAUGUCACAAUCCACAUCCAUACCCAGGAAGCAGAUCCGGGUCCGAGACCACGGCUACGACAACUACAUGGAAGUCGAGAAGAAAGUACGGAAGGUCCUCAAGUUCCAGGAUUUGAUCCUUUCCCAACCCAACAGUAUGCUAUCAGCUUCCCGACUUGAUAUACUCUCCCGCCGAAUCGGGUUCAAGCAAUUUGAAGCGGGUCGGUUUAUCCUCAAGUUCCCGCACGUAUUUGAGGUGUUUGAUCAUCCUGUUCAGCGAAUACUCUACUGCAGACUGACAAGAAAAGCUAUUUCUCAAAUUGAUCAAGAAAAUCGCGCCCUUUUGGCCCAAAUCCCCGACGCAGUUACCCGGCUAAGAAAAUUGUUGAUGCUCUCGAACACGGGCCGUAUCCGCUUGGAGCAUGUCCGCAUUGCGCGCAGAGAAUUUGGUUUGCCUGAUGACUUUGAGUACUCGGUAGUUCUAAAGCACCCUCAGUUUUUUCGAUUGUUUGAUUCUGAUGAGACUAGGAAUAAGUAUAUUGAGAUUGUAGAAAAGGAUGGGAAUUUAGCUGUAUGUGCCAUUGAGAGGGAGAGGGAAAAGGAGUAUAGAGAAAAGGGUGUUGAUGCAGAGAAUAUCCGUUUUUCGUUUAUUGUGAAUUUCCCGCCUGGAUUUAAGAUUGGAAAGUAUUUUAAGAUUGCUGUGUGGAAAUGGCAGAGGCUUCCGUAUUGGUCGCCAUAUGAGGAUAUUUCUGGAUAUGAUUUGAGGUCGCUGGAAGCUCAGAAGCGGAUGGAAAAGAGGGCAGUGGCAAUGAUUCAUGAGUUGGUGUCUUUGACUGUGGAAAAGAAGAUGACUUUGGAGAGGAUAGCUCAUUUUCGGAUGACAAUGAAUUUGCCAAAGAAGUUGAAGGAGUUCUUGCUCCAGCAUCAGGGGAUCUUUUACAUUUCAACUAGGGGGAAUCACGGGAAGUUGCAUACGGUGUUUCUGAGGGAAGCAUAUAAGAAGGGCGAGUUGGUUGAGCCGAAUGAUUUGUACUUGGCAAGGAGAAAGUUGGCAGACCUGGUACUGCUGAGUCCAAGGAAAGUGAUAAUGGACCAGGAGUUGGUUAAUUAUAGAAGGGAUGGAGAGGAAGACAAUAGAAGAAUGUUUAAGUUUGAAGAUGAUUUUGAAGCCAGAGAAAGUGGAAAACAAGAUGAGGGGAUUCUGGAAGAUACCUAUGGCGAUGAUGAUCACGAGGAUGUUUCUGAUUACUCUGACGAGGACAACGAAUGUAACGAGUCUGAAUCGGAAAAUGCUCGUUUGACAGAGUGACUCUAAAUUAUACACGGUCAUCCACUUGUUUGUGAGGUUGCCGUGGACUGAAUUAAGGAAGAAAAUGAAUCUGUCCAGCAUUAUCUAAUAUUUUGCCCCAAAUGUGCCAAAGUGGCUUAACAGACCAAGAAGUCAUCUGAUGCAGAUGAAAUUUGUAUCACAAUCUUUAAUACAUGCAACUGAAUUGGAUAGACGACAUGCUCAACGGAGACUAAUUAUAUGCCUGGAUGCCCUAUUGAGGCAAGUCUCUCAGUUGAUUAUUAGAAGUAUUUUUCAAGAUUGCUUUGUCAUCGAUUAUUCCACAUCAACACUAUACCUCCUGCAAACAUGACUGUCCUCUUCGAUGGAGAUCUCAUACGUGGCAGGAUUAAACUGUAAGAUGGUCUUGAUGGCUUUCUCAAUAGGCCAACUUUUGCAACAAGGAUAGUACUUGACUAAUUAUCAUCCAAAUGAGACGGUGAUAGAAUUUUGAAUUAAUUUUUGCAAACAUAUGUGUUAAGGUUGUUUCAUAAAAUAUUGAACUGGUGCUGUCACUGAACUGAAGCAGGGGAAUUGCAAUUUGCAAGAGAUGGUAUGUUUUGAAAUGUUUCUCUGACAGAUAUUUGAUGAAGACUGAUAUCUUCAGAGACGAAUUAGGAAUUUAGACAUUUAUCAUGAAGAAAGUUCAUUGAAGGUCGCUUAAAUAUUGAAAUGGAGAUCGUGAAAAUUUGGGUCAUCGGGAAAAUGAUUGAUUAUAGUUGAAUGCCAUAUUAACACGUUUUGUUUUGUAGGAAAGUUUCUGUGGCACUUGACUCUAUUGAAGAAGGAAAAAAGUUAAAAUCUUGAUGGUCAGUUGUGUCAAUACAAAAUCAAGCAGUCAGUGACAUUAUUUUGACUCUUACAAGUUAAAUCAGUUUUCCUCUGAUUGUUGUGGGAAAAUCUUGUAUGUGCACAUCAAAGUUUUAGUAAAUUGUCACUGGGUUCUGGUAAAAGUGACAAACAAAAGGAAGUCUCUUAGUUGUUAUUCUUUUAUUGUGUAUCCCAAGUAACACACUGUGUGAAUGUUUGCUAUGUAAUAGUCGAUAGGAUUGUAAUGUACAGAUAAACAUGAUUUUAGCUUUC